UCUGCUUCCGGCGCGGGCCGGAAGUGGCGCCGCCAUGGCGGCCCGGAGCUGCUGGGGCUGAUGCCACCAUGGCCACCAGCCGCUCCGAGGACGAGGAGUCCCUGGCGGGGCCCAAGCGGGGCCCGGCCACCCCCGUGGGGACUGUCCCCAAACGGCGCAGCUCCUCCAGGUUCAUCAAGCGCCGCAAGUUCGACGACGAGCUGGUCGAGUCCAGCCUGGCCAAGUCCUCGCGGGCCAAGGGGGGCCCUGAGCCCCCCCCCAGACCCGGGGGGGCCGCGGGGCCGGCGGGGGGGGGAGGGGCGGCCGCCGAGCCCCCCCCGGGCGAGAGGAAAAAGGUGGGAGAAAGCCCCCCCCGCCCCCCCCCCGGGCCCGGCCCCCCCCCGGCGCUGCCCAAGCGGCUCAAGAAGAGCAAACCCAGCCCCGCCCCCCGCGACCUGGGCAGGUGGAAACCCGCGGAUGAUCUGCUGCUCAUCAACGCCGUGCUGCAGACCAACGACCUGACCUCGGUGCACCUGGGGGUGAAGUUCAGCUGCCGCUUCACCCUGCGCGAGAUCCAGGAGCGCUGGUACUCGCUGCUCUACGACCCCGUCAUCUGCAAGCUCUCGUGCCAGGCCAUGCGCCAGCUGCACCCCGAGGCCGUGGCCGCCAUCCAGAGCAAGGUGCUGUUCAGCAAGGCCGAGGAGCAGCUGCUGACCCGCGUGCCAUCGAGCCCGGUGCCGUCCCUGGACACCUUCCAGGAGCUGCUGCAGCGCCACCCGGCCGUGUUUUACCCUGCCAGGACCCCCAAGGCCCUGCAGCUGCACUGGCAGCUCCUGCGCCAGUACCACCUGCUGCAGGACCAGACAGUGCAGCCCCUGCCCAAGGGGGAUCAGGUGCUGAAUUUCUCCGACGCCGAGGAGCUGCUGGACGAUGGCAAACUCAGGGACGUGCGGGACGAGGUCCUGGAGCACGAGCUGACCGUUGCUGACCGGCGCCAGAAGCGCGAGAUCCGGCAGCUGGAGCAGGAGCUGCACCGCUGGCAGGUGCUGGUGGACUCCAUCACAGGGAUGAGCUCCCCGGAUUUCGACAGUCAGACUCUGGCCGUGCUGCGGGGCCGGAUGGUUCGGUACCUGAUGCGCUCCCGCGAGAUCACCCUGGGCAGAGCCACCAAGGACAACCAGAUCGACGUGGACCUGGCUCUGGAGGGCCCAGCCUGGAAAAUCUCCCGCAAGCAGGGGGUGAUCAAGCUGAAGAACAACGGGGAAUUCUUCAUCGCCAACGAGGGCCGGCGGCCGAUCUUCAUCGACGGCCGCCCCGUGCUGGGGGGCAGCAAAUGGAAACUCAGCAACAACUCUGUGGUUGAGAUCGCCAGUCUCCGGUUCGUGUUCCUGAUCAAUCAGGAGCUGAUCGCGCUGAUCCGCAGCGAGGCCGCGCGCCUCGGCCACCAGUGACACCAGUACGGACCAGUACGGACCAGUAUGGGACUGGGAUGGUCCCAGUGACACCAGUACAGACCAGUACGGCACUGGGAGUGUCCCAGUUUAGGACUGGGAUGGUCCCAGUAACACCAGUAUGGGACUGGGAGCCUCCCAGUAACACCAGUAUAAAUCAGUAUGGGACUGGGAUUGUUCCAGUUUGGGACUGGGACCAUCCCAGUUUGGGACUGGAACUGUCCCAGUGCCACCAGUUUAAGACUGGGACCAUCCCAGUAACACCAGUUUAAGACUGGGACCAUCCCAGUGCUCCCAGUUUGGGACUGGGAUUGUCCCAGUGCUCCCAGUUUGGAACUGGAGCCCUCCCAGUGAUCCCAGUUUGGGCUGGGCUGAAUUUCCUGGGAAUUGCCCCAAAAUUUCCCCCCCAAAUCCCAAACUUUGGUCCUUUCCCCAAAACCAGAAUUCCCGAAUUUUAAAGCUCCAAAGUUUUUAUUGGAUUUGUUCUCAAGUUUUGUUCGUUGAAGGGAAAAAUUCCCAAAAAAAAAAAAAAAAAAAAAAGAAAAAAGAAAACAAAAAAAAUCCCAAAACUUGGGAAAAAAAUGGAAAAAAAAAGAGGGGGGAAAUUGGGGAAUCUCCCAAAAUUCCCAAAAAAAUCCCAAAAAUUUGGGGCUGGGAUUGGGGUGUGGGGAGGAAAUUCCUGAAAUAAAUUCCAGAGAAAACCCAAAAA